AUGCAGCUGAAAGGGAUGCAUGUCUUUUCUGUAGAAUUGGGUGUAGAUGCUUAUUAUGAUGAAUUGCAUUGUAGGGAAUCCACUGAUCUGUGCAGCAAUCAUGGAACAAGAUUGUUAUGGGUCUCCACCGGCCAGUCAUCUGAGAAAACAGAUGUCUUUGGUUUUGGAAUCCUGCUGCUGGAGCUGAUCACUGGUCAGACGGCACUGGAGUUUGGGAAGUCAUCAAAUCAGAAGGGAGCCAUGUUAGACUGGGUGAAGAAGAUGCACCAAGAGAAGCAGCUGGACAUACUUGUCGACAAGGGCCUGGGGAGCAAAUAUGACCGCAUUGAGCUGGAGGAGAUGGUGCAAGUGGCACUGCUAUGUACUCAGUUCCUCCCUGGUCACAGGCCCAAAAUGUCAGAGGUGGUCAGGAUGCUGGAAGGCGAUGGGCUUGCAGAGCGGUGGGAGGCGUCACAACACACUGAGUCACACAAAUUCAAGGUGCCCGAGUUCUCCUUCAGCCGCUGCCACUCUGACCUGACGGAUGACUCGUCGCUGCUGGUGCAAGCAGUGGAACUUUCUGGGCCGAGAUGA